AAUACACAAAAACUAAAUAUUUUUUAUCUGUUUAGUUUAGCGCAACAGAACGGAGUGUAGUAGUCAUGGCUUCAUCUUCAUCAUUAUCACUUUCUCUUCCUUUUCAAUUUCGAUUCCGUCGCAACAACACUCACACUCUUCGCAAUUUCACUCGCGUCACGGCGUCAACCACCGAUAUUCCCCUUCUUCAAGUAAACGAUUUAAGGGCAAAAAUCGUUGAAUCCAAUGUUGAAAUUCUCCGAGGCGUUAAUCUCACCGUUAACAGAGGAGAAGUUCACGCUAUUAUGGGAAAGAACGGUUCUGGUAAAAGCACUUUCGCUAAGGUUCUUGUUGGUCAUCCAGAUUAUGAAGUUACAGGUGGAAGUGUUGUUUUCAAAGGAGAAAAUUUGCUUGAAAUGGAACCGGAGGAAAGAGCGCUUGAAGGUCUUUUCAUGAGUUUUCAAUCUCCUGUUGCAAUUCCUGGUGUUUCAAAUGAUCAAUUUCUUGUCAUGGCUUAUAAUGCUCGGAGGAAGAAACUUGGACUUCCUGAACUUGGACCCCUUGAGUGUUUUUCUUAUCUAAUGGAGAAGCUACAACUUGUUAACAUGAAGCCUGACUUUCUCAAUAGGAAUGUAAAUGAAGGGUUUAGUGGAGGUGAGCGCAAACGCAAUGAGAUCUUGCAGCUUGCGGUUUUGGGGGCAGAUUUGGCUAUUUUGGAUGAAAUUGAUUCGGGAUUGGAUGUUGAUGCUCUCAGGGAUGUGGCAAGUGCAGUUAGUCGGAUUCUUACCCCAGAGAAUUCUCUGUUGAUGAUUACGCACUAUCGACGAAUUCUUGAUCUUUUGAAACCUACCCAUGUCCAUGUUAUGGACAAUGGAAAAAUUGCGAGGACAGGCGACAUAACUAUGGUAGAAGCAAUCGAGGCAGAUGGAUAUGAAACAGUCUCUGCUUUAACUUAAUACAGCUAGUAUCAGCACCCUUUCUGACUUUGUUGUGAAAUGGCGGGCUUGUUUCGGUUCAAAUCCAAUUUCAUGCUAUCAAAUUGCACAACUUACUGCGAAUAAGUAUCACAUUCAAGAUCAUAAUUGGGUUUAGAAAGUAUAUAGAUAGAUGGGAUGACAGUCAAAACUUUCUUCAAAGGUACUACUGAUAAGAUCUUACGUGUUUGGGGUGGGUGGAUUAUAGCUAUGUUUUAUUUUUGUUUCAAUUUGGAAUCUUUAUUCAUUCUGGUUUGAUAUUGGAACUUUUACUCCAAACCCAGAUGACAUUAUUGCGCUGGGUAGAUGCUCAGAAGUUGUAUCUUAUGGAACUUUCUUCUGCAAGGACAAGUUUUGGAAAUUGAGUGUUUCAUUACCGGAAGUGUAUUCGUUUAGUAUAAUUGUGUAAUAAAUUAAUCAAACUGCAGUUCCAUUAUUUAACCUACAGGUUGGCAUGUUUCCUUGCA